AUGUUUUGUACCAGAGAUAUUGAGUUGAUUAUGAAAAUCCCCCUCUCCCUCUCUUUCCAUGAUCAAUGGUGUUGGAGGGAUGAUUUGCGUGGUGUGUACGCUGUGAAACAUGGGUACAAGCUGCUUACGGGGUAUGCCACCAAUCUAAAUUCUCAGUUUACUGCUUGGCCAAGGUUAUGGAAGCUUGGUUUACCUCUUAAAAUUCUUAACUUUGUAUGGACGUGUACGACGCUUUCUUGUAGAGGUGUUAAUAUUGAUAUUCUAUGUCCACUGUACAGGCUUCAUCCUGAGACUCCAGUGCAUAUUUUUCGCCACUGCCAGUACACAUGCGAUUUAUGGGAUAAUUAUUCAGCUUUGCCAAUUACUGCUUUGGAUGAUACUUUUGAAGGGUGGCUCUCAUGCGUUCUUUCUGGUCAUGAUGAGCAGCUCAUACAUGCUUGUGUGGCUUUAUGCUAUUCUAUAUGGAUGAACAGAAAUGAUAUGGUCUUUAAUCACAAAGCUUGGUCGACGAAUGAGGUGAUGAGGAUGACUACUCUUUUCCUUAAUGAAUGGAACAGUCCUUUGAUCAAUAAUGUAGAGCCGGCUGAUCCUAAUAUUAGACAUCAUAAUUCUUUUGUGCAGGAGAAUGGCAGUGUUCAUAUUCAUGUAGAUGCUGCAGUUUUUUCGGAUAAAGUGGAGGGUUUUAUCUCGGCGAUAGUCCAUGAUGGUGAUAGACGAUUUCUUGGGGCUAGAAGUGACUCGGUUAGAUGCUUGCAUGACCCUAUUUUAGCAGAGGCUACGACUGUUAAAGAGGCUCUCUCUUGGGCUAAGGAUUGUGGAUGGCAAAAACUAGUUAUCUAUUCAGACUGUCAGCUUGUUUGCACAAUGUUGAGAACUUCUUCACCGAAUCUUUCUUAUACUGGUUAUGUUCUCCGUGAUUGUUUAAGUCUUAAACGGCAUUUUGUUUAUGUGUCGUUUCAGUUUGUCCCUAGAUCAGCAAAUACGUUGGCUCAUGCUUUGGCUAGAGCUACAACGUCUGGUCCGAGUACUUGGUUUACUACUUAUCCUACUUGUAUUCAACAUUUGCUUAUUCAUGAUUAA